AUGCCUCGCGUACCGCGUCCGUCCGCUUCUCCUAUCCUUCCUACUAAAGACUACGCGUCCGCGUUGCACGCGACGAGACAAUUGCAGCAAGAGCAGGAGGACAGGCAGGAGCAACACGUCCGAAAGGCCAAGCAGCAGCGAAAAAAAUCAAAACAUCAGCAGCGAACUAACAAUGAGCUGCGAACACCGACGCAAAGGGAAGAGCGGCACAAAACGAGCCAGACCCAUCAAUGGCGGUUGGGUCCUCAACCAAGUCCGCUGACCGAACCUUUACUGGGUGGAACGAGUCAAGCGGGAAUAGCGGUGGAAGCCGAAGGCGCAAGCUCUCGUUCCGGGCCGCAGAUCUCCUCCUCCUCUCUAUCGCCUUUACGAUGGAUUUUACCUGGUUUUGUGAGUUUCCGCUCACAAGGCGGCUUGAGCGGCCCCGCUGUGGUCCCGGCAACUCAUUCUUCCGCGCAAGCAUGCGCGCCAGCUUCCACCCGCCUUCCCCCGCCCCCCCUGCUUGCCCCGAGUUCUGCCACCGCCUCCCCUCCCCCGCGCCCAAUUGCCUCCCUCGCGGAAUCCUCCGCGAUCGCCGCUGCAGCUGCGGGGCUCGCGCUGAGUGGAGAAAGCAGCCUCGAGAGAUUAGAGACGGGAGGAGCAGCGGGGGGAGGGGAACAGCAGUACGCAACCGGAGCGCGGGAGUGGCGGAGCGCGGGGAAGGGGGCGACGGCGGGCGGUGCUGGUCGCGGAACGGCGGCGUGGGAAGGCGAGGUCGAAGGGGAAGGAGAUGGCGAAAGCGGACACGCGAUCGCGCGUCGAUUAGAGUGGUCGUUACCAGUGUGUAAGGGGAGCGAGGCGGGGAGAGUGAGCGAGGAGUGUGAACAAGACGGCGGAAAGGAGAGAAGUCGGAAGAGGAACGGCCAGAGGCGGCCGAUUCUCAGGUGGAUAUGGCGGUCGGCGAGUGUCUCGAGUGAGGAGAGAGAGGGGAGUGCGGAGAGAGAAGAGGGAGAGGAGGACGAGGAGAGCGAUGAGGGAAGCGACGGGAGCGACGACGAGAGUGACGAGCGCGAGGGCGAGGAGGAGGAGCGGGAGGGGGGAGUGGCGGAAGCAGCGGCGAAGGCUGUAGCGCCGGUUGUUAGCGCAAGGCGGGCGGGCAGAGGGAGGAGCAGAGCGAAGACGAGUGGGCUGUGGCGCAAAGAGGCGAUGGUCGCAGAGGCCAAGCUACAAGUCACCAUGGCAUGGCCAAUGAUGGCGGCUAAUCUCCUGCAGAAUCUCAUGACGCUUAUUCCUCUCGCCUUCGUCGGUCGUCUGGGCCCUCUCCCGCUCGCCGCCGCGUCUAUCGCGACGUCCUUCGCCAACGUCACCGGUCACAUCCUGCUCCAAGGCCUAGCAAGCGGGCUAGAGACCCUCUGCGGGCAGGCGUUCGGGGCGGGGUGUCCGCUGCAGCUGGGGCUGCACCUGCAGCGCGCGCUGCUGUGCAUGACUCUAGUCGCCACCCCCGUGGCCGUGCUCUGGUGGUUCACGGAGCCGCUGCUGCUGCUGCUGCACCAGUCCCCGGACAUCGCUGCUCUGGGCGCUGUGUAUAUUCGCUGGCUGCUGCCGAGUCUCGCUGCUGCUGUCGUCAUGCAGUGCCUCGAGAGAUAUCUGCAAGCCCAGUCCGUCACCUUCCCCAUGGCCGCCUGUGCGCUCGCAGCAGUACUCCUGCAGUUCCCUCUCACCUUCCUCCUCGUACACACUCUCCACUGGGGCCUACCAGGGGCCGCCAUAGCUGUCUCUCUGGCCUAUAUGCUGGAUCUGCUGCUGCUGCUUGGCUACAUUCGCUGCACCGGCGUGUCCAAGGCUGCGUGGGGUGGGUAUAGUAUGGAGGCGUUUUGCGGGUGGGAGCCGUUUCUGCAGCUCGCCUUGCCGUCGGCUAUCAUGCUGUGCCUUGAGUACUGGAGCUUCGAUAUAGUCACACUUCUGGCCGGCCUCUUGCCUAACCCUGACAUCCAAGUAGCCGGCCUCUCUGUUGUUCUGAACACGUCAGUGAUGGCGUUUGUACUGCCGUAUGGCUUUGGCGUGGCUGUCAGCACGCGAGUGGCCAAUGAGCUGGGGGCAGGAGACGAGAUUGCAGCCCAGCGAGCCGCCACAGUGGGAGUGCUGUGGGCGCUGUUUGAGGCCACGCUCGUCUCCUCGGCUCUGCUCACUGUCCGCUCCUCCUGGGGCUGUGUGUUUAGCACAUCCCCUGAAGUUGUCGCCUUCGUUGCUGCCAUCAUGCCUCUGCUUGUCGCAUCUGUCGUAACUGAUGCGGUCAAUGCUGUUUUGUCAGGCAUUGUGCGUGGAUCAGGCUAUCAGCAAGUGGCUCUUGUUGCCAAUCUUGCAGCGUAUUACCUCUUUGGUCUCCCACUUGCUGCCCUACUCGCCUUCUACCUCAAGUUGGGAAGUGUGGGCUGA